AACAAUCAAGGAAAUAGUCGCGCAAGUACAUUUCAAGUUUACAGGCGUUUUCAGAAACGUUUUCCUCUUCUAAGGGUAUUUUACUAAAAUUUACAACAAAAAAGUUCAACAUGCAACAACCAACUGUUAUCAUUCAGCAAACAAGCGUUGCUGUUGGGCCUGAUAGCACGCGAAUGACAUGCCCAAGUUGUCAUGCAUCAAUAGCUACAAGAGUCGAACAUGAGGCCUCAGGAAAGACUCACAUUAUUGCAUUGAUUUUGUGUCUGUUUAUCUGUUGGCCAUGCGUAUGUAUUCCAUACUGCACAAACUCCUGUCGUAACGCAAACCAUUACUGCCCAAACUGCAAUUCAUUCCUUGGCUCUUACAAAUAGAAGGCUUCAUGUCAGACCUAAUAUUUUUUCUAAGGUUUUGCUGACAAUUUUUAAUAAAUAUUAGCAGAGUGGGAGGCACGCUUUGAUUAAACAAAUUACGUAUUUAACUUUAUAUAAAUAUUUUUGAUAGAUGUUCUCUUUUGAGUAUAACUUAUGAUGAGAUGUAUUUCAAACAUAAUAAUUGUUGCUGCUUUGAAGUGUCAAUCAAGUGAAUCAUACGCAUAAAAAUAAAAACAAAAAAUCGAUGAUUGUGGCUAGUGAACAUGCAUAUGUGUUUUUAAUGGAGAUAUUUACAUAAAUAAAGUCAUGUUUCAUGAAAAUAACAUUGAAAUA